CUCGCGCUCACGAAUGGUUGAAAAAAAAAAAAAAAGGGUGUGAGGCGGCUCGAGCCCGCCCGCCAGGCCUGUGGCACCUCCGCGCGCCCUCGGCGAGGACCCGCGCGAGCUGCCCUGUACUGUGCCUGCGCUGUUUGAAACUGCAGAACCCGUUAGGAUCUUGGGAAAACUACCGUUCCAGCUGAUUCUGGAGCUCGUGCGUGCUAGGAGGGCGAGUGGUAGUGCCGGGGUGGUUCUUCCUUUUAGUAUCUCUGCAGCGUGGAGACCCAAACCGGCAUUUUCGAAAGACGCCGCCUUAAAUAGCAGCGCUGGCGCGGGCGUAGGCUAAAACACGGGAACGCGGGGGUCCUGAAAGUGAGGAAAACGCGCCAAGUUCCCCUCGGUGGCGGAGUAGGGAAGACCUUAGCGGUUCCAGCUCGUCUUGAGCAGGAACGGUCCUUGCGCUCUUUUCCAUCCCGGGGCGGGCACUGGCAGCUGCCGCUCCGGGAAUGUAGUUGGUGGCGGUGCAAAGCUGGACCAGGUGGCGGCCCGGGUUCCCGCUCUUUCGAGCGGAUGGUCACUCCCCCGCGGGGAGGGCAAUCCGUGCUUAUCCUUGAGUCGGGGACCCGGGCUCGGAGCAGGACCUCACCUGUCGCACCGACCCCCGUGGCUGUUGGACUUGGCGUUGUCACCGCCGCGGACUUCGCUUUGGGCCAUGACCAGAUAUAAUUGGUGAUUUCUGCUUACGUUUAAUUUAAUUCUUGUCAUCUUCUCUGGAUUUGAAGAAAAAAUGCCCGGUGUCAUACCUAGUGAAAAUAAUGGACUUUCGAAAGGUAGUCCCUCAAAGAAAAAUCGACUCUCUUUGAAGUUUUUUCAAAAAAAGGAAACGAAGAGAGCCUUGGAUUUCACAGAAGCUCAAGAAAAUGAGGAGAAAGUUGCCGAAUAUAGUGGAUCUGAAAUUGAUCAGGUUGUUCCUGCUGCAGCACAGUCCUCACCUGUAAACUGUGAGAAGAGAGAAAACUUACUACCAUUUGUGGGACUGAAUAAUCUUGGCAAUACUUGUUAUCUUAAUAGUAUACUUCAGGUACUGUAUUUUUGUCCUGGUUUUAAAUCUGGAGUGAAGCACUUAUUUAAUAUUAUUUCAAGGAAGAAAGAAACUCUGAAAGAUGAAGCCAAUCAAAAAGAGAAGGGAAAUUGUAAGGAAGAUUCUUUGGCAAGUUACGAAUUAAUCUGCAGUUUACAGUCAUUAAUUAUUUCAGUGGAACAGCUUCAGGCUAGUUUUCUCUUAAAUCCAGAGAAAUACAUUGAUGAACUUGCUACUCAGCCAAGGCGACUGCUUAACACUCUCAGGGAACUCAACCCUAUGUAUGAAGGAUAUCUACAGCAUGAUGCACAGGAAGUAUUACAGUGUAUUUUGGGGAACAUUCAAGAAACAUGCCAACUUCUAAAAAAAGAAGAAGUGAAAAAUAUGACAGAAUUAUCUACUGAGGUAGAAGAAAAACCUCAUCAGAAAGAGGACAGUAAUGAUUCUAACAUCAUACAGAUGGACAAUAUGAGGCAUUGUGAAGAAUAUAAAGAAAAAAUCCCAAAAGGGAAUACAAAAAGAAAAAGUGAGACUGAAUUUAGUAACAUCAAGAAAAAAGCUAAGCUAUCCAAAGAAUACCAGUCAGUAGAAGACAACCAGAGACAAACUAGAUCAAAAAGGAAAGCAACAAGUGAUAUGUUAGAGAUUCCUGCUAAAAUAAGUUCUAAGAACACUUGUGAAAAUGAGAGUGCCAAGCCCUCACAAAAGAAAUCAAGAGUUAAAAUAAAUUGGUUAAAGUCUGCAACUAAGCAACCUAGCAUUCUUUCUAAAUUCUGUAGUCUGGGGAAAAUAGCAACAAACCAAGGAUCCAAAGGACAAUUUAAAGAAAGUGAAGAUGAUCUUGAAGAAGAUGUGGAGAAGUGUGAAAAUGAUAACACUUUAAAGGUUAAUGGUUGUGGACUUGAUUCUCCGGGGAGUAAUGUUAAGCCCAUUAAUGUAAAUGAAGAUAAGGCCAUAAACAAAGGUGUUGAGCAAAUUGGUUUUGAUCUAGUAGAGAAAUUAUUUCAGGGUCAGCUGGUAUUAAGGACUCGUUGCUUGGAAUGUGAAAGUUUAACAGAAAGAAGAGAAAAUUUUCAGGACAUCAGUGUGCCAGUACAAGAAGAUGAACCUUCCAAAGUAGAAGAGAGUUCUGAAAUUUCUCCAGAACCUAAAACAGAAAUGAAAACCCUGAGAUGGGCAAUUUCACAGUUUGCUUCUGUGGAAAGAAUUGUAGGAGAAGAUAAAUAUUUCUGUGAAAACUGUCAUCAUUAUACUGAAGCUGAACGAAGUCUUUUGUUUGACAAAAUGCCUGAAGUUAUAACCAUUCACUUGAAGUGCUUUGCGGCUAGUGGCUUGGAGUUUGAUUGUUACGGUGGUGGACUUUCCAAGAUCAACACUCCUUUGUUGACACCCCUUAAAUUGUCACUAGAAGAAUGGAGCACAAAGCCAACCAAUGACAGCUAUGGAUUAUUUGCAGUUGUGAUGCAUAGUGGCAUUACAAUUAGUAGUGGGCAUUACACUGCCUCUGUUAAAGUCACUGAUCUUAACAGUUUAGAAUUAGAUAAAGAAAAUUUCAUGGUAGAUCAGAUGUGUGAAAUAGGUACAACAGAACCACUGAAUGAGGAGGAAGCGAGGGGUGUGGCUGAAAAUUAUGACGAUGAAGAAGUGUCUGUUAGAGUCAGUGGAAAUACACAGUCAAGUAAAGUUUUAAACAAAAAAAAUGUAGAACCUGUUGGACUUCUUGGAGGACAGGAGAGCAAAGCAGAUUAUGAACUAUACAACAAAACAUCUAACCCUGAUAAGGUUGCUGGUACAGCCUUUGCUGAAAGUAGAAAUUCUGAGAUUAGCAACACUAAUGGUACCCAUGAAUCUGAUAGCAACAAG